AUGGAUCGUCACAAAUUCAGAGGUUCGUCUAUAUGGAAUGCUGAUGAGACUGGUGUCUCGACUGUAAAUAAACCUUCAAAAAUAAUUGCAGCCAAAGGGAAAAGAAACGUCGGGUCUGUCACAUCUGCUGAAAGAGGAACUAAUGUAACAUUGUUGGUAGCUGUUUCGGCAACUGGAUCUUCGAUACCUCCAAUGUUCGUAUUUCCAAGAAAGAAAUACCAAGAUCAUUUCGUGCGAGAUGGGCCAGCAGAAUGUAUUGGUGCAGGAAAUGCAAGCGGCUGGAUGAAUACGGAAUUCUUGCUUUUUAUGAAACAUUUCAUCACUUAUGUGAAGCCAACUAAAGAGUCGCCAGUUUUGCUUUUACUAGACAAUCACAGUUCGCACUUGUCAGUGGAAGUGUUGGAUCUAGCGAAAAAUAAUGGAGUAGUGAUGCUGUCGUAUCCUCCUCAUUGUUCCCAUAUUAGACGUGUCUGUUUUCGGGCCGUUUAA